CCGGGAGUGCUGCUAAAAUGGCCGUAGCUUUUACAAUAAUAUUAAUCAUGGUGCUUGUAAUCUGUUACCCAAGUCAACUACUGCUCGAUGCCAGCAAUGACAUAUAUUUCAAAUGCUACUCCAGCAAAUGGUACGAGUAUCCUGUAAAAACUCGGAGGCUAUUGAUUUUGAUGAUGACCAAAGCAGCUGAACCUUGUUGCAUGACGAUUGGACCCACGGUGCCUCUUAACUUGGAGACAGCUAGCAUUAUCAUUAAUACGGCCAUGUCAUAUGUUACGACGUUGGUGUCACUUUGCGCUCUCUAAAUCGAUUACAUUUCCUGACUUAUUCAU